GUCUGAUAAAAAAUUACGACUUUACGACUGCACCUAAUAUCCGGCCACGUUAAAACAGUUUGCUUGCUAGUGCAUUCUUGAAUUAUUUGGAAAAUUUCAAGAACCAAAGACAAAACAAAGCCACAAAAAUUGCCACGUCGUUUAAAUGAAUUUCGACUAGUAUUCGAAGAUUAUUCGAUUGGUUUCUUACAAAUAUAAUGGAUUACUGGAGACCGUUGCUGCUUUUUUUUUCACUUUUUUCCGGCGCUCUGUCAAAAGGAAUAGAACUAUCCUUCGAAUUGGCGGAUAAUGCCAAGGAGUGUUUCUAUGAAGAAGUUGAUAAAAAUGUCACCUGCUCUCUCGGAUUUCAGGUGAUAACUGGUGGUCAAUAUGACAUCGACAUCACAAUCGAAGCACCUAACAAGGAAAUCAUUCAUCAACUAGUCAAAGCACAAUCUGACUCUCAUGAAUUUAUCACAACUCUGAGUGGGGUAUACAAAGUUUGCUUUAGCAAUGAAUUUUCAACAUUUUCGCACAAACUUGUUUACAUGGACUUCCAAUGCGGAGAGGAGUUAGCCCUUCCCGGUACAAAAGAUCACAUUACUGUUCUGACGCAGAUGGAAACUUCCGCACAAGCCAUCCAUGAACACAUGGUUCGUAUCGUAGACUACCAGACGUUCCACAGGUUGCGUGAAGCACAGGGGAGGAAACGUGCGGAAGACCUCAAUGAACGAGUACUAUGGUGGUCGAUUAUGGAAACAGCUGCGAUUCUUGUAAUUACAGUGGGCCAAGUGUUAGUCCUUAAAAACUUCUUCACCGAAAGAAAACCGUUCCAGCGACUCUAAUAAUGUGCCGAUAAAAUAAUAGUCGUGUGCAGUCAACAACCGAAUUUGUGGAGAGUCCUACUGACGUUAGGUUUUUUCAUUCGUAACGAAUUGCAAGACAAAAUAACGUCGCUGUAUGGACACGAAUUCAGGAAUCUCCUAAUAUAGAUUUAUUCUCUCCUACUCUCCUCGAUCGCGCUGUAACGACCUGAUUUCGUAUUUAACGACGAAAUGAACUAUGGAAAAUCCUGUGGUUCACGUGCAUUUGUCAAGCAUAAUUCAAAAAUUGAGGAGAGAUUUAUUCAUGUUAAAUAAUAUUGAAGAUUGCAUCGUUGGAACACAAUGGCAUAUUUUGCUACGAAAUGAUAUGGAGAAAAAAAUAUUCCAUCGUUUUUCAACAUUGAAAACUUCAAUCUUAUUUUAUUGUGUGGCGUGUGGGCAUUUUCCUAACUAUUUUUGCGAGUACACUCGUUAAGUAAGCGAUUAUACUCGCAUCAAUGUUGGCAGGAUUGUUGUCAUUCAAUCGGUCUUUUUGGUGGACCUGCAAAUUGGAUUGAAUCAAUUUGGAAUCAUUGUCAAACGGUUUUCACUUCAUAACUUCAUUGCAAAUCGCGUUUUUCACACAAUGUACAUGUAACAUAAUUGAAUUAAAAUGGUUGUGUGAGAAAAAAUAUUCCCAUUAUUAAUAUCAAUACGAA